AUGCAACGGAGCUGCUUGCAAUUUUGCCUGGCGCUACGCCUGCCUGGCACCAUCAUGUAUCAGAACUUCAUGUUGGUCAAGAAGUCUCUCUCGAACGAUUACCAGCAAAAGCUGCUAGAGACUCUCAAGUUCGACCAACUGGACUCACGGCAGUCAUCCAUUAAAGUUGCCCAUGCCAAAACCUGCCGCUGGCUUUUGAAAAGUCGCAACUAUACAGCCUGGCGCGAUCCCGAAAAGCUGAAGGAACAUCACGGCUUCCUAUGGAUUCGCGGCAAGCCAGGGUCAGGCAAGUCCACCAUCAUGAAAUAUGCCUACGCGAACAUGGCUCGAGCCUGCGGAAAGCAAGCUCUCAUAGCUUGCUUCUUUUUCAACGCCCGCGGCGAUGAGCUAGAAAAGACAAUGGAAGGGAUGUACCGAUCUCUACUUUUGCAGUUACUGCAGAGCUAUCCCGAUCUCCAAUCUGGUUUGAACGCUACAUGGACGGAUACUACCGUCAAAGACAACAGCAAUCACAUGUCUCUCGAUAUUCUCAGAGGUUCAUUCCGCGCUGCUGUCCUCAAACUCGGCAAACGCCAUUUCACAUGCUUUAUUGAUGCUCUCGAUGAGUGUGACGAACAGCAAAUAAUGGACAUAGUUCCGUCCUUCGAAGAUCUGGCCGAAGAGGCAGCAGAUGAAGGUAUCGAGCUACGAAUCUGCUUUUCCAGUCGUCACUAUCCCUACCUUUCCCUUCGAAACGGGAUUCAGCUGGUCUUAGAAGAUCAACCAGGUCAUACACAAGAUUUGGCAAACUACAUUCAAAGUCGUCUUCGCAUCUCCGACCACUCCCUCAGUCAAGAGCUACAGACCGAACUUCUCGAUAAGGCUUCAGGUGUCUUCCUUUGGCUUGUUUUGGUUGUUGACGUACUCAACACGGAGUACGCACAGGGCGGUAUGGCGUUAAGAAAAAGGCUGGCAGAAAUACCCGGCAGCCUGCACGAUUUAUUCAGGGAUAUGCUCAAGCGCGACAACACUAAGAGGGAAGAGCUCCGCCUCUGUGUUCUCUGGAUACUCUGCGCUGAACGUCCAUUGACACCUGAGGAAUUCCGUCAUGCUCUAUGGGCUGGAUUGUCACCCAGGGGCCUUGCAGACUCCGAACUCCCCGACGUCUCAUCCGCUUCUACUGACAGCACAAAGACAUGCGUCGUCGGUACAUCAAAAGGCUUAGCGGAAAUUACCAAGGCUAAGCAGCCUACAGUUCAAUUCAUCCAUGAAUCGGUUCGCGACUUUCUUCUCAAGUCUGGGGGUCUUCAGGAGGUGUGGCCAGACUUGGGAUACGAUUGGAAGAUCCCGAGUCACGAAAUUCUCAAGGAAUGUUGCUCCGCGUAUCUCAAGAACCAGUUGGUACGGGACCCAGUCCUGCAGCUGGAUUUAGAGGCCGGUAACGCCACGACAUCAGAUGUCUCUCGAAGAUAUCCUUUCUUGUAUUAUGCCAGCCAGUACUCACUCUACCACGCUGACGUUGCUGCGGAGGGAAUUCCUCAAGACAAGUUUCUAUCGGGUCUUGUUGUCACAGAGUGGAUCCGAAUUCUCAAUCAUUUCGAAAAACAUUCAGUGCGAAAAUACACCACAGCUGCCAGCCUUCUCUACAUUCUGGCAGACAAAGGCUGCUCAAAGCUCAUUCGAACUUGGCUGAGAGAUAAUCCCAAGACUGAGAUACGCGGAGAGCGCUACACACUGCCUUUCUUUGCUGCUGUCGCGAGCGACUCCGAGCAUAUUGCCAGCGAGAUGGUGGCUAUCGAUGGAAGCCACAACGGUUGGCGACACAUCAUUCUUCCCAUGGCUCACUCCGAUGAGCUGGUUAUGAAUGCUGUCCUAGCCGUGUCGGCCUUCCAUAGAGAUGAGAUGAAGAAGGACGGCGCUGAGUCGCAAUACGCUGUCCAACAAUAUCAUCUCGACGCGGAACCGAUAUACAGCCCACAAGCUCUGUACGACUUGGUCAUUGACGGCUUGCGGCAACGAAGCAACUUGCCAGAAUGUAGCAAUGAGGCCAAUCAAGCUACCCCGGUCGCUGUUCUUGUGCUACUUGUGGCGGCGAUGGUGACCAGAAUAGAAGACUUUUCGACCAUCUUGGGCAUGUUACAUUCUGCAACCGAUGCUCUAGGCGGCGAGCAUCAGCUGGAAUCAAGCGAACUCGGGAGCUUUCUGGUACGCCAACUGAGGAAGUAG